AUGUCGAGUAAAACCAAUUCUGUGGAAAAAUCUGAGAUCAUAGAACUCAACGUUGGUGGUGUAUUCUAUUCAACAACAAUUGACACCCUAUGUAAAGAACCUAUUGGGCUUUUAGCUCAAAUGUUUGGUCCGAACUCUGCAAGUAAUAAUGUGUUGAAGGAUUCAAAAGGAAAAUAUUUCAUAGACAGAGAUGGUGUUUUGUUUCGUUAUGUAUUGGAUUAUCUUCGCAAUCUGAAAAUAGUUCUGCCUGAAAAUUUUCAAGAAAAAGAGAGGCUGAAAUAUGAAGCUGAGUAUUUUCAUGCCGAAAAUAUUACGAACUAUUCGCGACACAAUUUGCCUCUUACUGGCAAGACACCAGGCUAUGUUACUGUUGGAUACAGAGGAACCUUUGCGUUUGGACGUGAUGGACUUGCUGAUGUUAAAUUUAGAAAAUUAAGUCGUAUUAUUGUAUGUGGUAAGGUUUCAAUUUGUCAGGAAGUUUUCAAGGAGACCCUAAACGACAGCAGAGAUCCUGAUAGAGGAGGCGUUGACCGAUACUCAGCUAGAUAUUUCCUUAAACACACUUUUUUGGAACAAGCUUUCGAUUAUCUCCAAGAUGAAGGAUUUCAUAUGGUUGGAUCUGCAGCUUCUGGAACUAAUGGGGCAGGUGAAAUGAAACCGGGAUUGGAUACAGAGGAAGCGAAAUGGCAACAUUACAACGAAUUUGUUUUCGAGCGUCGCUGA